AUGUUCGAGCCCCGCGACAUUCGCAUCCUGCGCUUCGAUUCCUUUGUGUGCAACACCCAUCGCAAGUUUUUUUCCGACAUUUUCCUUUUCCCCUUGUUCGAAUUGUUCGCGUUACGUGAAAAAAUUUUCCACGCAGUGCGUGCAACAACAAAAGAAAAGUUCGAAACGUUAAAGAUAACAGCCAACAACGGUAAACGUAACAGUGACUGCAACAUUAACAGUCAGCGGACUGUUAACAAAAAGAAUAAGAAUAAGCAGCAACAGCAGCAGAAAUAUCAGCAGAUCCUGUUAGUCAACGCUGUGCUGCUAGCAUCGACAACAACAACACUUAUAAUAAUAAUAAGAAUAAUCAAAACAAUACCAACAACAACAACAACUGCCAACUGGUUAAACGUCAUCAACCUGACGCCGCCGAAGCAAAAGAAACUGUCGUUGACGCUGUUGACGUCGUCGCCGUCGCCGUCGUCGUCGUCUUCGUCGUGGUCAUCAUCGUCCUCGUCGCCGUCGCCGUCGUCGUUGUCGUUGCCUUUGCCAUUGCCGUUACGAUUGCCAUUGGCAUUGCAAUUCCUUGCGGCACUCGUUCAGCUACUGCUCGUAACAACCAAUCAUAAAAGCGAGCUGCAUCAUAUGCUGUGCGAUUUAACCAUCCAGCGACAUACUGUGGCCAUUACCUAUGACCUCAGCGAAACACCAGCAAAAAAAGGCGCACCUCCAAUUCCACAAAAACGGAGUAAAAGCUUCGAACUGUGCAUGAAUUCAAAGAGGCGAACCAUAAGUCAUCGGACUUCAAGUAAUAGGCAUCGGAAGUUACAGCCGUUCAGGUACACGUGAGCCAACCAAUAGUUUUUUACUAAACAUACAACAAAAAAAAUACAUAAAAAAACAAAAAAAAAUUUAAAAACUUAAAAAAU